UGCGCGGGCCUCCAGGCCGUCGGUGUAGGCAGCAAUGCCCAUCUCAUCUUUGUGCGCGGAGGCAGACGUCAUCAGAAAGGUGGACGGGCACUAUGUACACGGCCCUAGGUUUGCCAGAGGGAGCUGUACUGUCUCAGUAACCUGGUUUUGCCAUCAAAGGAGGAGGGGACAGGUGGUGACGACGAGCUGAUUGGGCUGGUUGACCCUUCGGCGCGAGAAUCUUCAGACCGAGAUGAACUCUUAAGUGCGACGAGGGGGAGAGCGAGGAACCGACUGGGAAGGACAGCAACGAGAGCGUGUACGAGCGGAGCGGGUCGAGUUUGGUCGUGCUAGGACUGGCCACAGCGGCACCGGAGCAGCGGCACAACAGCAGCGACACCGGAGCAGCGGAACCGGAGCAGGCGGACGGCAUCGAACCGUGGCGUACGGACAAACAUCUCUUGUAUUGUCGAUUAUUUUUCCGUUUUUUUUCCUGAAUACAGGUGUUGGGUGUGUGUGAUGACGUCACUGGUUUUGUAGAGAGACGCGGCAGAGAUGGCGCGGAUAACCCGGGUGCCUUAAUUGUGUACCUGCAUCGUGGAAGACCCCUUCAAUGUGGAACGAUUCCUAGUCAGCGUCGAUGUUUACACUGCUGUGCCUAACACAGCUGAUCUGGAUUGAUUCGGGUGAUUGUCAAUUGCAAUGAUGGCUUUGGUUGGCCAUUCUUCUUCAUUGUAUGUCCACGGGCUCAUUCUGACAGCACUUCAGACAGCAGCUGCAUGCCCCGAGCUUGUGUACCAUGCACCAUGGUGUUNAUGCCCCGAGCUUGUGUACCAUGCACUAUGGUGUUAUUAUUGUGCAGACAGCACUUCAGACAGCAGUACGCUGUAGUAGUCGACAAACAUUCAUUUUGGUUAAAUGCGGGGCAGGGGGGGUGAUGCUGCUGCUGUAGCCGAUUUGUAGUGUGUGGGCGUGUAUUCUGAAUCAGUUGGGAGCACGCAAACGUGCGGCAGGGAUUGCAGGUGUACCUCCUCGGGCUUGCGUACCCUUUCCUUGCAAAAAGUGUGUGUGUUCUUCAGAUCUUCUGAUGGCUCUAGUAUUUUUGUGACCACGGACCGAGUCUUUUGCUAGAUUUUGGGAUUAGCAACUGA